UGUUACUCCAUCUCUGAAGCUCGACAGAUGUUAUUUUUCCUUGAACAGGACAAGGAAACGCCGUCUCUCAUGGCAUUGAAUCCGCCAUCCCCUUCUCCGUCCGUCUUCAAGGAGAAAGAAUCGGCCAGUCAGUUACCAUCGAUGAUGAAGGCAGUGCCAUACUCUUCUGCUGUUCAACAAGCAGAUUCUCGUGCUCCCGCUCAUGAUAACCCCCACCCGGCACCAACCCGUGUGUGUUCCUUUUCCUCCUCUGUCACGACUUCAUCAGAAGACACUGUCGUCAAUGAGGACGAUGAUGACAACUGUCUCAUGAACCCUCAUACGCCGCCGACAUCCGAGCAGGUCUUUACUACCCCUCACACAGAGUUUGGUCACUGUGCGAAUGAGGCUUAUCGUUGCGUCUCUAAGCAUGACUACACGAAGCCGUUCCAGGAGUGCGCCAUCGAGAAACCCCCACUCUAUGUUUGCUUCGCUACCUGCGUAAGCAUCCUCACUCUCUACUUGUUGGGUCGUUUGCGCGAUUUCUUUGGAAAGCGUUUUGCAAAGUCUCGUUUCACUCACCUUAUGCCCCAUAAUGGUUACGCACAGUUGAACUCGGACCUUGAAUCUUUCUACCUUCGACGGGUAAAGCGUCGCAUGGAUGACUGCUAUGGCCAGCCUAUCACAGGUGUCCCUGGCCGCACUGUUCUUAUCCUCGACCGCUAUUCCCCCGAUUACAAUCAUACCCAGAUCUACACCGGUGGCAUGACACGCGCCCUGAACAUCUCAUCGUACAACUACCUUGCCUUCUCCCAGGGCCGCGGCAGCUGGGCAGAUGCAGUCGCGGAGAGCAUCCGCCGAUACGGCGUCUCCAGCUGCGGUACACGUCUUGACAGUGGGAGCAACGAUCUUCAUGUGUGCGCAGAAGCCCUCAUUGCAUAUUUUUUGGGCACGGAAGACGCCUUGGUCUGUUCUAUGGGUUUCGCCACCAACUCCACGUUUAUCCCUGGACUCGCGGGGAAGGGGUCCUUGAUCAUUUCCGACGAGCUGAACCAUACUAGUAUGCGGGUUGGAAUACAACAGAGUGGUGCGGCGGUCCGGAUAUUCAAGCACAAUAAUAUGGCAAGUCUCGAGUCCCUGCUGCGUGAGGUGAUAAGUCAGGGUCAGCCCAAGACGCAUCGUGCGUGGAAGAAGAUCUUGGUCAUUGUCGAGGGUUUGUACUCCAUGGAGGGAACACUCGUGAACCUCCCUAGGAUUGUCGAGCUGAAGCAGAAGUACAAAUUCUACCUCUACGUUGACGAGGCGCACUCAAUCGGUUCGCUCGGUUCUCGGGGACGGGGUGUGACGGACUAUUUCAACACCCCUCCUGGUUCAAUCGAUGUUCUGAUGGGCACGUUCAGCAAGGGUUUCGGUGCAGCUGGAGGAUAUAUCUCAGGGCCGAAAUCCCUAAUUGAUGCUCUCCGCCUGCGCAGUCACUCGGGUCCAUAUGCGGAAGCCAUAACGCCGUCCGUGAUUGCACAGGUUGUUGUGUCGAUGGCCAGCAUUAUGGGUGUGACUCCGGCACCACGACCCACCAAAUCCACGCUUUUCCCCAGCCUUGAUAGCUCGAUCGUCGCGCCGAAGGAAAGCGCAGAGGAAUUCCCAGGAAUGGCGCCUGCAAGCAUGCUGCCGAUGUGGAUGAAUCUUCGGCCGUCUCUCGCGGACGGAUCUGAAGCUCGCAUGCGUAUGCGCCGCCUUGCCUUCAACUGCCGCUAUCUCCACAUGGGCCUCAAAAAACUCGGCUUCAUUGUGUGCGGGCAUGUCUCCAGUCCGAUUGUCCCACUGCUUAUCUUUAGCCCGGGAAAAUUGUGCUUGUUCGUGCGUAUGAUGCGUGCGCGCCCCAUACCAAUUGCUGUCGUUGUCGUAGCGCACCCCGCCACUUCGUUUACUACGGGUCGUGCGCGGCUCUGUCCUAGCGCAUCACACACAAAGGAGGAUAUCGAUAUCGUGUUGAGGGCGUGCGACGAGGUGGGCGGCAUUCUGGACAUGAAACAUGGUUCAUGCGAGCGGUGGGGAAUUGAUGAGGUUUGUGAGCGCGCAGUGGAGCUUGUGCACUCUGUGUGAACGCCUGCAUGACUGUGUCGUCAGGUGUCGGCUCGGCCUUCAUUUAUUUGUCGCUCCCCGCCAGCUGACACUUCGGAGAAUUUACAAAUCAUUGCGCAUAUCGUUUAAUUUCGGUGAGAUACUACAUUGACGACCACGUUGUCACGACGUUUGCUUGUACAACGACAGAGUAUGAAGUUGAUGCGAGUAGAGACGGACGGAGGCUGCGAGAGGCUGCAAGAGACAAACGUAAGGACUCAGUAUAAUAGACUCCAUUAUAGAUGUAUAGAUGUACCUGCGAGAGACAAA